AACUUAUGUUUUCAUACGUAGUACGUAGUAUUUUCUUAGGAAACGUUCAAAAUGAAAUUGGAAGGUUUUCUGUAUGGAGAUCGCAUUUAUGUAGAGUAAGUCGAGCAAACAAUUUUUAGAAGGACGGUCCCAGUCACGACAAGCAGAAUCUGCUCGAGAACAAACAGGGUAAUAAAGUCCAUUUGGGAAGGAGGCAAUAAAUACGACGACCAGCGUCCACCUUCUAACGCUUCCUCCACUGAACUUUGAAGGAAAAAACCAGACUCUAUAUAUCCAAUUCCUUCGCUCAUUCUAAUAAAAAAUUCCAUUCCAUUUUUGAGUUCACAAAUGCUCUGACUUAGACAAUGGAAACCCUAACUCUGUCCCACCUCUCCCUCACCUCCGCCCGCCACCGCUUUGGCAUUGCCUCCCGCCGCCGCACCACCACUUUCAAAUCCUCUGCAACCUGCUCCUCGGCCGAUGGCUGCCGGUUGAUUAAAUGCGCCGCUGUCUCUUCCCCGCCGUCAAUGGUCUGUCAAUGGGAGGAAUUCAAGGAAGCUGCACAGCAUGGGAAUCUGAUUCCUCUCUUUAGGUCAGUUUUCUCGGAUCACUUGACUCCGGUGCUUGCUUACCGCUGUUUGGUGAAGGAAGAUGACAGGGAUGCCACCAGCUUCUUGUUCGAGUCUGUUGAACCUGGCGGUCUUAAUGUUUCUGCUGUCGGGAGGUAUAGUGUUAUUGGAGCUCAGCCCACCAUGGAGAUUGUUGCCAAAGAGAAUAUGGUGACUAUUAUGGACCACCAUGAAGGGAAAAGGACAGAAGAAUAUGCAGAUGAUCCAAUAGAUAUUCCUCGCAGGAUUAUGGAGAAAUGGAAACCUCAACGCCUUGAUGAGCUCCCUGAGUCAUUUUGUGGUGGUUGGGUCGGCUUCUUCUCUUAUGAUACAUUGCGUUAUGUUGAGAAGAAAAAACUGCCAUUUUCAAAAGCCCCUUUUGAUGAUCGAAACCUCCCUGACCUUCAUAUUGGACUAUAUGAUGAUAUAAUUGUGUUUGACAGUGUGGAGAAGACAGCGCAUGUCAUUCACUGGGUGCAAAUGGAUCGUUUUUCUUCAGUUGAGGAAGCAUUUAACAAUGGAAUGAAUCGAUUAGAAUCUCUAAUGUCUAGGGUGCAUGACAUAGUACCUCCUAGGCUGUCUGCUGGCUCAAUCAACUUACGUACGAGCCUCUUUGGAUCACAAUUGAAGAACUCAACCAUGACGAGCAAGGAAUAUCAAGAGGCUGUUUUAAAAGCCAAGGAGCACAUACUUGCCGGGGACAUUUUCCAAAUAGUUCUCAGUCAAAGGUUUGAACGAAGAACAUUUGCAGAUCCAUUUGAGGUAUACAGGGCAUUGAGAGUUGUAAAUCCUAGCCCAUAUAUGACUUACUUACAGGCUAGGGGGUGUAUUUUAGUUGCUUCAAGUCCUGAGAUUCUUACUAGAGUUAAGAAGGGGAAAAUCACUAACCGUCCACUAGCAGGGACUGCCAGGAGAGGGAAGACUACUAAAGAAGACACAAUGCUGGAAAAGAAUCUUCGGAAUGAUCAAAAGCAAUGUGCUGAGCACAUAAUGUUGGUGGACUUGGGAAGAAACGACGUGGGAAAGGUUUCGAAAUGUGGUUCAGUGAAGGUUGAGAAACUGAUGAACAUCGAGCGGUAUUCCCAUGUAAUGCACAUCAGCUCCACGGUUACUGGAGAUCUACAUGAAGAUUUAAGUAGCUGGGAUGUUCUGAGGGCUGCACUCCCAGUUGGAACUGUUAGUGGGGCACCAAAGGUAAAGGCCAUGGAAUUGAUUGAUGAGCUAGAAGUAACAAGGCGUGGGCCAUACAGCGGCGGGUUUGGGGGGAUAUCCUUCUCGGGUGACAUGGACAUUGCAUUGGCCUUGAGGACCAUAGUUUUCCCCACGGGAACGCGCCAUGACACAAUGUACUCCUACAAGAAUGUGAAUAUGAGACGAGAUUGGGUAGCUCAUAUCCAAGCCGGGGCCGGUAUUGUUGCUGAUAGUGAUCCUGGCGAGGAACAGAGAGAGUGUGAAAACAAAGCUGCAGCUCUUGCAAGAGCCAUUGAUCUAGCUGAGUCAUCAUUUGUUGACAAAUAGUAAUUCUUUUUUGGCAGAUGCUCGGAUGGAUGGCCUGAUGCCGUCGGUUUUUCACCCCUUAAAUUAAAUACUUAUAGGUUGGUGGCUCUUGUUUGAUGUCUUU